AAUUGGAGGUAGAGAAGAAUGGCGAGCUCAACCUCCGGCGGAAGAAGCAGCAGCAGCCGAGAGAAUACGGCAAAAGGGAUGGUCUCCGAUCAGAUAUCUCAGGCCGUACUAUCCACUUCCAAUCUCCUCCACCUCAUGCAGCAGUCCUCUCCCUCCCAGGCCCAACUGAUAAAGCUGCCAAAGAACCUUUUGCUCAAAUCAUCUACAAUUAAGAAUACCGGACAUUUAUUGGAGCAGAUGCCUCGAGUCAUUUCAUCUUUGGAUGCACAUAUGGAAACUGGGUUGCAAAGUCUGCCUCAUCUGCAAACUGUAAUACAACUACUCGCAAAUAUGGAAAGCUGCCAUCUCAGUUCUAUCUCACAAGCUUGUGUCCUUCAAGAGGAACACGAGGAAGAAAACAAAACUUCAAAUGUGGAGUGACAAAUACGUGCUAGGCAGCACUUAAUAAAGAUUGUGUUGGCAGGCUAACAUCAUGCUGGUCGUAGGACACCUCCAGAGUUCUUGUUCAGGAUGUUCAAAGUAAAUUAUAUGUGAUCCCAAUGUACAUAAACACAUUACAAGAUUUUGUCAGUAGAUUGAAUACUAAUGAAGUUACUCUUCCUGCGUUAUAAUAAUAUGGAAAGAAACAGUGUUGCGUGACCAAUGUGCUGUGAUCCCUUGAAUCUUCUGAAUUUAAUAUUUGCUUCAAGAUUGGUUACUCAUGGAUGUAGUUAGUCCUUAUCAGACAAGUAUAGAUUGCCAAUGUGUAUCUCAGAGUGAGCUGCUUCAAGUUAUCAGGGUCUUCCACAGGGGAACGAGUUUCAGUUGUCCUUUUUAUCAAUUCGAUAUCAAAGGAUGCAGAAAGAGAGCUGAGAUUGCAAAAGAUAGAAUGCUCUCCCUGUGCUUCCGAUAGUCGGGGCUCAAAACACCCAUGAGGUUGGCAUCUAUUUGCUUUAUUGUACUACCUUUUGUGCUUCUAUUCUUUCUUUUGAACUAUGAGACACAUACAAGCUAGAAGUACUGUUUCUCAUUGUGGCUUUUUCUGGAAUAAUUACAGU